AUGCCGAACUACACAGCGCAACUGGCCCAACAUAUUUCGUCUCUUGUCCACCAUCCCAGCUCUUUCUUCAGCGUCAUCCCUCCGGCUAGCGUCGCUCUUUUUGCCUUAGUGGUAAUAGUUGCGUGGUUUGUGUUGUCUUCAACAUGGCAAUACUAUCGACUUCGCCAUUUCGACGGGCCGUUGCUGGCCAAGAUCUCAAACUUGUGGCUCUUUAGAUCUGUGGAUAGCGGCAGAUCGUAUCUCGACUUCUGGGAAGUGACGCAGAAAUACGGAACAAUCGCUCGAGUCGGACUAAACGAUCUCGUCACUGAUGACCCUGUCUUUGUUAAGCACAUGUGCAAUGUUAAAACAGAAUAUCGACGGUCCAGUUGGUACGAUGGCAUGCGCUUCAACCCCACCUCGAACAACUGUUUGUCCACACGAGAUGAAGCUGCACACUCCGCUCUGCGAUCCAAAAUGGCCGCUGGUUACGCUGGCCGCGAUGUCGACAACAUCGAAUCGAAAAUUGACAACAAUGUCCGAGAAUUCAUGGGCCUGCUAAACAGAUACGCUGACAGAAAGGCUCCCGUGGACCUUGGCCGCAAGGUUCAGUUUUUCACCUUGGAUUGCAUCUCUGAUAUUGCAUACGGAGCGCCGUUUGGCUUUGUCGAGACUGACACUGACGUCUACGAGUACAUUGAGACGACCGAGAAGAACCUCCCUAUGGUCAUGGUGGUUACUGUGUUCCCCUGGCUGCUCCAGCUGUUGAAUUCUCCCAUUCUCAAAGGGUUGCUCCCAUCAACGAAAGACAAGCUUGGAUUUGGUAGGAUAAUGAGCAUCGCAAGAGACGUAGCGGCAGAACGUUUCAAGCCAGAUGUCAACAGUGAGCGGGACAUGCUCGGGUCCUUCAUCCGACACGGUCUCACCCAGACCGAAUCCGAGUCCGAAAUCCUACUGCAAAUCGCUGCCGGAUCUGACACAACCGCGUCAGCCAUCAGAUCCACGAUGAUGGAGCUAUGUGCAAACCCCGAAAUCCUCCGUAGACUUCGGCAAGAAAUCGCUUCUGCCAACAUUGCCGGCGAUGUCAUCACCGACAGCGAGGCCAAAGUGUUGCCAUACCUUCAAGCAGUGAUCAAAGAGGGUUUCCGUAUUUUCCCGCCAAUCGCGGGUCUCAUGUCAAAAGAGGUUCCACCGCAAGGAGAUACCUGGAACGGCGUCUUUAUUCCAGGGGGGACCAGAGUGGGCUACAGCAUCUGGGCGAUUACUCGGCGACAAGAUGUCUGGGGUGAAGAUGCGCUGCAAUUUCGGCCAGAGAGAUGGCUCAAUAUUUCUCUAGACAAGCUCAAGGAAAUGGAGAGUACUCUGGAUCUCAUCUUCAGCUAUGGUCGAUGGCUUUGUUUGGGUAAAUCCAUUGCCCUGCUUGAGUUGAACAAGGUCUUUGUCGAGCUAAUCCGACGUUUCGACUUUACGCUGUGCGACCCGGAUAAGCCUUACAAAAUCUUCAACCACGGCGUCUUUGCCCAAUCACAGAUUUGGAUGGAUGUCACAAGAACGAAAAAGACACAAUGA